UAUGCUUAAAAUUUAAAAAAAGAAUGUACAGAAAAUUGUAUUCUUUUAAAAAAACCUUCGAAAAAUUCGGGCAAAAGACCUUCUGCUAUCGAGCCAGAAUUAUAUUGCAAUAGUUGCUAAGCAGUCCUUAAGGAAAUUUUUAAAAAAAUACGUGAUUCUCGUAAAGAAUCCGAUAUUGCAUAUGCAAUUGAUGGAAUUUGUAGAUAAAAUAAUUUUGCAGUUUAUGAAUUCCCUCCACCUGAUAUGGUUAAAGGAUGUUAAGCUUUUAUGGGAGUAUUUAAAAAUAUUUAUAAAAUCUUUAAUAUUUUUUUUGAAAAUAAAGACAUGGGAAGAAACUGUAGAAAAAGCUUUAUUAAAUAGAGGUAAUAAUGAAGAAAUGGAACAUGAACUUUGUAAUGUUUAAACAAAAGCUUGUUUAGGGGUUGAUAUGGAAAAUAUUUCUUAAUACGAUAAUAUAGUAACUGUUAAUAAUAAGAAAGUUCCUUUAAACAAAGGAGGACUUAAAAUAGAUUCAGAAGAUUUAUGAAAAAAUAGU